AUGGGGAAAAUCGACGCGGGCACUCCGCCGACUAUGUCGAGCUUCCGCAGCCUGACCAGUAGCAGCAUGGGAUUCGACAGCGGCAGCGGACAAAUCACGGACACCAUGGUUGCGCAGAUCGACGCGGAUGCUGACGAGGCGCUCGAGAAAUUCCUGGCCGCGCAAUCGGCGCGCAGCGCCCGGAAUUACGUCCGCCGCGCUGCUUCCGUCGCGAGCGCCGCUGCGAGUCCGCUUAGAGGGGAUGGCGGAGACGCGGUUGCGCGGGUGUCAAGUCUUGAGAGGCAGAUGGGGCGGUCGUCGCCCGCGAGAAACGCGAUGUCGGGGGAGGUUUCCGCCUCCCCGCAGCGGUUUAUGAGUCCCAUGGCGUCGCCUGCGCGAGAAAUGCAGCGUCGCAGCCGUCGCAUGAGCACGGAUUGUAGCGCGGUUGACAUGCCGCCAUUGGUUGAAGGGCUAGCUUCCGCCGAUGUGACCGUCGCGCGCAAUGCCGCGGAAAGCAUCCGCAAAGCGUUGAAGCAAUCCGCGGAGAACUGCGCGCGGCUGGUUGCGGCGGAAGGGGUGUCUCCGCUUGUGCGCACGAUCCUAGCAGAAGAUAAGGAAACCGCGGAGCACGCUAUGACCGCACUAUUGUUUCUGGCGGUGACGAGGCCCGCGGCGGUGGCGGAUAUUACUUCCGCGGGAGGCCUGCGCAAUGUUCUCCGCGUGUUAACGCAAGAGCCUAGGGGAAGCGAGUUUCUGCGCAGCAACGCCGCCGCCACGCUGUUUCCGCUCGCGAAUUCCCCCGACGCGCAGAAAACUGCGCUGGCGGCGCGGGUUCUCCCUUCGCUGGUGGCGCUGCUGCGGGAGGCCUCGUGUACGCGCACGAAAAAAGACACGUGCCUCGCGCUCGUCACGCUGGGGAGCGCAGCAGACGGUGCCCGCGAAAUAGUUGCAACGGGUGUUGUUCCGCAAUUGAUCCAGCUACUGGUGGAAGCGGAAGCGGGGGUCGAAGAAUUGGCUGCUGCGGUGCUGGGGGUGGUUGCGCGGGUCGAGGAGGGGUGGAAAGCUAUCCGCGCGGACGAGGAUGGUUUAUCCGCGUUAGUGGAGUGCUUAGAGGGGGGUGUGGGACGCGCUAAGGAACACUCGGCGUCUGCUUUGCUGCAGAUUGUGAAAUCGGAUCCUGAUUCGAUAGCGGUUCUGCUUGCGGAGGGGUGUUUGCCCGCGUUAGUGGCGCUUUCGAAUAGCAACAGGCAGUGUAGCGAUGCAAAGGAGCUUCUGGAGCUGCUGCGUGCUGCGUGUAAUAAACGGAGUGAUUAG